GAUACGGCUGAACAGAACUCUCCUCAGCCCCUGUUUGCUCAAGAUUUCUUGGGCACCAGUCUCGUCGCUUCGUGCAUGCAGGCGGCGGCCGGCUGGGUUCUUGGGAUCCUCGCGUCCCGCUGGUCCGCGCCGGCUCCGCCCGCGGACCCGUCCUGCACCUGCAUCUUCAGCGGGCACGAGCCGGGCUCGGGCGUGCUGAACAUCCUCCGGGAGCAGCUCUCGCGCUGCGGCCCGGAGCACCUCGGGGCGGCCUGCCCCGCGUGCCCGGCCUGCGUGUGCCCGCAGUGCCCGGCCCCAGUGGCUCCGACCGGGGCCUGGGUGCUCGUGGUCCUCGUCGGGCUCGCGAGCUUCGCCGCCGGGGUGGCCGCUGCGGCUGCCUGGCUGCUUCGGGCGGGGCCGCCUCGCGCGGUCCUGCCGCCGCUGGCCCUCGCGGAGGGUCCUGCUGGGGAGCUCGUGGGUGCGGCGACGCCGUGCCUCGUGCGGUACGACGACGACGAGAACUUCCAAUGGCACCACAGGGUCCUCCUCGUCAAGGGGCCGGACCAAUGGUGGGUGUGGGUGACUCCCGACGGCGAGAUCGCGGCAGCCAACUUGGGUGGCUUCCGCGUGUGUGCCCUCCAGCGAGGGGGCGCCUUCCCCGACCGCUACCGUGGCAAUAUGUACGUGUUCGACGACGCCGACGUGGACGCCGAAGAGAUGCACCAGUACUACCGCGAGGCGCGGGCGCUGGGGGACAUCCUCGGGUACCCCGCCUCGGCCGCCCCCCUCGCCCGGGACGAGCGCUGGUUCGUCUCGGACCCGACCUCGGCCCACUACGGCGAGGAGGUGCCCGCGGCCUCAGUUGGCAACGAGGAGGUGCUCAUCCGUCGGGGCGAGGUGGGGAUCGUGCAGAUCGACGACGUGUGGCAGACGGCGGUGCGGGUCGAGGCCGGCGGCUCCUUCGAGGAGUGGCAGGCCCGAGCACGUGGGGGCCCCGGUCGGGACCCACGUAUCGCUGGCGACGAGCGCGACGAGGAGAAGGACCGUUUCAUGAGCUUCCGCACCUCCGUGUCGAAGAUGCGGGAGCAGACCAUCCCUGGGUGGCCCCUCAAGGGGAAGCGCGCCACGCGCGAGGCCUGCCUCGCUCUUCGGGAUGCCGGACAGGAGGGUUGGGACGAACACCAUACGACAUGGGUCAGGAGGUCCGGCAUCCCGGAGAAGAGCAACACAGCCCGCGAGCACCGGAUGCUCUGCUCCGUCCUCCGCAUUCUCCAGCAGUUCGACCAGCUGGAUCUCUACAACGUGGCGGGGGUGGAGUACAUGGUGCGCCGCAUGAAGCAGCUGGAGGCUGCCACCAGGCGCAACCCGCGCCAGCCCGACUUCGACGGGCUCGACGUGGUGCUGGAUGCCGCGAUCGACGAGUCUGGCGGCUUCGUGCUCCCGGUGUUCGACGCCUGGGUCGGCGAGCAGCAGCGGUCCGAGGCGGCCAUCAUGAAGGCCGUUCGCUCGGUCAACGACCUCUCCCGUGCUUCGGUCCACGGGUUCGGCAGCGUGCCAGCCCGUGGCUCCACCACGCCCGGCGAGCCCUCCGCCACGCAGGCCAGCUGCCUCGCUCACAUGCGUCGCAACAUCGGUCGGCACGGCCCACGGCCGCCUGGGCUCACACCUCGCGGAGCCCUUCAGGAGCUCCUCAAGUCCGACUCGCUGUAUGCCGGGGCGCCCUCCAAAGUCGCGCCCUACAGUGAGGACAAGCUCAAGUUCUGGAAGUCGAAGAUCGUCCCGAAGCGCGUCGAGGACAUCUGCCCCGACUUCGUCGUCCGCGCCUUCGCCGACCCCGAUCGGUACGUGCGGAAGCCGGAUAGGGUCUUCUUGGCCGACGCGGAGGGGCUCGACCCCAUCGUGCCCUACUGGGACCCCCACCUCGCUGGCUCGCGCGACGCGCGGGUCAGGUUUGUCCGACGCCUGGCGGACCGAGGCCUUGUCGGCUACCGUCGGCGUAUUCGUGCUCGCGUGGGCUGCUUCUUCGUCGAGAAGAAGGGAGGGUUCACCAGGCUCGUGGUCGACGCCCGUGAGACGAAUCGGACCCACUGGAGCCCACCGCACGCUGCCCUCGGGACCCCGGCCGCGCUGGCGGAGCAGGACUGGUCGGACGCUGCCCUGGGAGCCUCCGACGCGACCUCCGCGCCCGCCAUCUACGGUGCCUCGCUCGACCUGGCCGACAGCUUCUACCAGUUCUGCUCGGACGCCCUCGCCGAGGACUUCGGCAUGGACUACCCCGAGUCCGCGUCGGUGUACGGGGCGACGCACGUCUGGGAGGACGGCCACCUCGUCCCCGUCAGCGCCGACGACUUGGUGUUCCCGACCUUCCGUGGCGUCGCCAUGGGCUGGAGUUGGGCGCUGUGGGUCGUUCACUCGUCGGUCACUUCGUGGGUUGGCCACGCGCUCGCGGGCGGGCCUGCGAGCCUCGUCUUGGACCGACAGCCGCCGCGUCCGGCGGCCCCUGGCAGGCCCGCCGGCUCCGUCUACGUCGACAACGUGGGCAUCCUGGGGCUCUCCGCCGCCGAUGCCGCGGCGGGCCUGGCCAGCGUCAUGGAGGAGCUCGACCGCCGGGGGAUCGUGUACCACGAGGUCUGCGAGCCGUCCCUGGAGUUCGGUAUGGUGGGCGUGGUGUACGAUGGCGUCCGUCGGACUCUGCGUCAUUCCGACGAGCGCGCCUGGCGGCUUUACCUCGCCUGCCUGGAGCUGGAGCGCCCGGGCGUGCCCCGCGCCGCGUGGCAGGUGCGGGUCGUCCUCGGACACUUCAUCCAGCACUGCCUUCUGCUGCGGCCGGCCAUGUCCAUCUUCAGGCACCUCUACAGGUACGUGGACGAGUGCCGGCUUGGGCCGCCUUCCGCUCUGCCGGGCCCCGCUCGGCAGGAGGUCCGCGUCUUCCGAGGGCUCAUCUUCCAGGCAGUCGUCGACCUCGCCGCGCCCGUGUCGGACAUCGUCCUCUGCUCCGACUCCUCCGAGGCGGGCUACGCCCUACAUCGCCGGCGCUGCGACCCCGAUGCGGUGCGCCGACUCGCGCGCCUUCGGGAGCGCUGGCGCUUCACGCCCGACGAGAAGCGGCCCGAGGCGUUGGAGGACGACACCUACACGCCCGGCUGGCUUCCUGGCGCUGGAGGGGUGCUCGGCGAGGGCGACCCCAGCUGCGGCAUCGCGACCUGGGCCCCGCCGCCGAGGCGGGCCGACGAGCGCCCCCACGGCACCGUGCGGGCUCGGGUUGCACAGGCACCGCGGCGUGCGACCUUCGAGGACAUCCCCAACGAGCUCGUGGCCCCAGAGGCCUGGUCGCUUGUCGUGGAGGGUGCCUGGAGGACGCGAGCGCCCAUCCACAUCCUUGAGGCCCGGAUCGCCCUCGCGGGGCUUCGGCACGCCUCCAGGAGCCUCGAGUGCCACGGGCGCCGCGUCCUCAGCCUCGGGGACAACAUGGCCGAGGUGCUCUCGACCGAGAAGGGCCGCGCCGUUGACGUCGGCCUCGGCUCCGUGUGCAGGCGCAGCGCCGCCGUCCAGGUGGCCACCGGCAUCCGCUGGCGGCGCCGAUACCUUGACACGGGGAGGAACGUCAGCGAUGGUGGUUCGCGCAAGGCCCUGCAGGGCGCGUGCCGGCCGCCCCGCGUGACGUGCUCCUUCGGCGAGGUCUUCUCGGGCUGCGGGCGCUGGACUGGUGCCCUGGCCCAGGCGGGCCUCGUCGUCGCGGCCCCCAUGGACAUCAAGCACGGGCCCUGGUGCGACCUCCUCAACCCGAAGGUCGAGUCUCGGGUACGUUCCUGGAUCACCUCUCGGGCUGUCUGGUUCGUCCAUUUCGGCACCCCGUGCACCCCGUGGUCUAUCUCUCGGCGAGGGGCUCGCGAGGUCUCCGCCAUCAGGGCUGCCCGUCGGUGUGCUCACGUCACGGUGCGUCUCCUGGAGGUCUGCAGCCGCUACGGGAUCCACUGGUCUCUGGAGAACCCUCAGUCCUCGGGCCUCUUCCGCUGGGCCCCUCUCCGGAAGUUCUUGGACCAGCACUCGCGCUCCUGGGCUACCUAUCACUGCUGCCGGUUUGGGGCGCCCUACAAGAAGCCCACUACUGUCGUCUCAAGUCUGGGGGCCCUGCACGACAUCGGCCUGCUCUGCGAGGGGGGCCACAGGCACGAGCACCUGUCUGGGAAGGUGCGCGUCCGUACGUCCAAGGGGGGGCUCAAGCAUCAGUGGAAGACCACGUUGGCCGGCGCGUACCCUCCGGGCGUCUGCCACCUUGCCGCCAGCAUCCUGGCGGCAGCGGCGCCGCGUGGCGCCAGGAGGCCAGAUGGUGCUCCACUACUCGAGGAACGAUGGCAGGCUGACCUCUGCCGGGCGGCGGGCUGCGACUUCGGCCCUCGGGCGCUCCCGUGCCCGGCCUGCCCCUCGCGCUGGGCCCCGCUCUGGAGGGCGGACGCCGAGCAGUGGGGCGGCGUCUGGGGGCCCUCGAGGCCUCGCGUCCGGCGGGAGCCCGCUGACUACAACCCAGGCUUCCUCCGGCGCUCGAGGGUCACCGCCACGACCGCCGAGCGGUACCACGCCAGCCUGCACGAGUUCGCCGCGCAGAUGGGCCUGGACCCGGCGCGCUGGACCGCCCGUGACCUCCCCGCCGUCGACGCCGCCCUCGACCGCUUCCUCGAGGAGCUCUUCGUUGCCGAACGGUCGCGGGGCGAUGCUCGGUAUGCGCUCGCGGCUGUCGCCGACCAUUUCAACGUCAGCCUCCGCCAGCCAGGGGUCCUCCCGCUCGCUCGCGCCGCCAUGGCUGGCUGGGGCAAACUGGAGCCUGACUCGACUUCGGACCCCCUUCCAUGGUCGGCCGCUGUGCUGAUGGCGCACCACCUGUCGCGGACUGGCGUCGAGUCCGACCUCGAGGCUGCCCGCGGCCUCGUUGUGCAGUUCGACACCUACCUGCGGCCCUCGGAGCUGGUGCUCAUGCCUCUGGUCGCCUGCUUCACGCCAGGCAUGCACGCUGGCGUUCACUACAACAAGUACGGGAUGGUCGUCGCGCCGUCCAGUCAGGUGGCCGGCCAGCUCAUCGGCAUCCGCACCAGCAAGACUGGCGUGCAGGACGACACCGUCCUCUUUGACGAUGCCAGUCGGCCUGGCGUAGUCGGCGCUUUUGCCGCGCUGGUCCGCCAGGCCCGCCGUGCCCGCUCGCAGACGCUGCUUCCUAGUCACACGUAUGUCUCGUACAAUAGAGUGCUGCAGCGGGCCGCCAAGGCCGUCGGCAUCCCUUUCAAAGUCACGCCUCACCUCGCCAGACACGGAGGCCCCAGUGAGGACUUCCUCCGCCGUGCCAGGUCGCUGCCCGAGAUCCAGGCGCGUGGGCGCUGGGCCUCGUUCCGCAGCGUGCAGAGGUACGAGAAAGCCGGCCGCCUCCUCGCGGCCAUCCGAAAGCUUCCGCCUGCUGUCCGGUCCGCAGCCUGCAAGGCCGAGGCUCGCGGUCUUUCUUUUCUAGCGUGA